AUGAUUCUUGGAGGAGGAAGAGUUGGAAAGAGUUCGAUUGUGAAGAGAUUCCUCUUUAAUGCUUUCUGUGAAAAAUAUCGUCCGACAGUUGAAGAUCUUUUCUGUCGCGAAUUUGAUAUCGGUUCUACAGUUUUAAAAGUAGACAUAAUGGAUACCGCUGGAGAUCUUCAGUUUCCGGCCAUGAGAAGGUUAUCAAUAGCAAACGGUUUAGCAUUUCUUCUCGUCUAUAGCAUAGAUUGCCCAACAUCAUUUAAUGUUGUCAAACAAUGUUUUGAAGAAAUAAGAGAACAAAAAAAGGAUUUUCAAGAAUUGCCAAUAAUCGUCUGUGGAAACAAGAGCGAUCUUGGUGAAGAAAAAAGAGUGGUGAAGAAGGAAGACGUGGCCGAAUGGGUUUUUUGUGAUUUGCCACGUCUUAGAGUUAAAGUCAUGGAAUGCUCUGCCAAAGAAAACAUAAAUAUAAAAGAAAUAUUUAAGGCAUUUUUACAAUUGUCUAAAAUCCCUUUACCAGAAGGUGCUAGUCUGAGACGUCGUUCAAGUGCUCACGUACCCACAGGAAAAUCGACACGAGUAGCUACAAGCUUGAGUCCUCAUCACGAUGCAGGUUUUGAUGAAAGUUCUGGUUCAAGAAUAAAACCCAGAAGUCGAAGUUUAAUCAGAAGAAGCAGCAAAAAGGUUUCCAAAUUGAAAGAACAAGCCCAAGACGUCGAUGACUGUGUUGUCUCGUAAACAGGGUCAUUAUAAGUUUGAAAUAAACAAACAUAUCUUUGUUUGUGCCACAUAUCUUUUUUUCCUUCUUCUCUUUAUUUGUUUUGUAAAAUGUUAUUUAGAAAUAGUUUAAUGUAGUUCAAAUACAGACAAACAUAAAAAAGGUAUUCUGUAAUUUAUGGCUCAAGCCGAAUGAAAUUAACUUCAUAAUUAAACAAAAAGAAUAAUGUUUGCUUAAUGAAAGAGUAUUUGAAACGAACUAUAAACAAAAAUUUACAUUAAAGUACAUUACACAUUAGUAAAUUAAAGAAACAAAUACAUGGAAAAAAUCAAUAAUUAGAAUAAAAUAUUUUAAUUUUAUAGCCGCAUCGCAUCUUGAAAUAACAUUUUUGAAAUUAUAUCGAUAGUUGGAUAAAUAGGACAUUAGAAAGGUGUGUGCCCUUAUUUACUGAAUUUAUCUUAAUGAUUUAAUGAAUUCUGAGCAUCUGGUAUCGACAAGCAAAUACUGAAAUAGCAUAUGUAAUAACUUUUUAUUAGUCUCUGAAAAGAUUAAUUAAUAGGUAAAAAUCAAACAACUUACUUUAAAUAAAACUUCAUAUUUUAUAAAGCUAUUUGGUUUGCACCAUACCUUACAGGAUAUCAUAAUAUAGAAUGUAAACAUUUACAUAAAAAUAGACUUCAUUUUACUCAAUUGGAAAUCUGUGGUCUUUCUUUUUCUAUAGGAAAUGUAUUUUUUAUCUUAAAAUCUACAGAUAUUUUCAACUCUUUAUAAUCGUUUCACUAAUCUCAAUGGAAUUACAUUACACAUGAAACAAUAAUUGAGCCUUUAUUAGCUAUGACAGAAAUAACGCAUAAAAUAAACCUUAAAGAAUCUAUAUAUCUUGGACAUUUAGGUGACUGAUAUCCUAUAAUUCUAGUUAUAUCUGCACUGAAUAUUAUAGUAAUGAAACUAUAGAUGUCUUUAGGGUAAUUCGCAUCUUUCCUAAACUUUUUCAAACGUCAGAAUGAAUUAGGUAUUGUUAGGAUGCCUAUUUAUAAUGAUAGUCAAUAUAUACCUUAUCAAAAAUUAAUUUUUAAUUAUGAUUUUAAAAUAUUUAUUUAAAUGAAUCUUAAUUAUUUAUUCGAAUAAUUUCAACCUUAAUUAAUAUUUAAAAUUGAAUUUUGCGAAUUAUUUUUAAUAACAGCUUUAAAUUUAAUUUUUAAAAAUAGAAUAAUAAUUUACCAUAAGUGUAUAAUUUAUCAAACUAAUUAUAUGGAUCAAAAUACUUGACUUGAAUAUGUAAAUGCAAAUGUAAAGCCAAGAUAUUUGCCUUAAUUAUUAAUAAUCACUGAAUAUUAAUAUGCCUUUAAAAUAAAAAAAUAACCAAAAUUUCAUACAUAUAUAUAGAUAAGUGAUGAAAAUUAUAUAAUAAUUAUUGAAAAAUAUUGUUAAAAUAUCUAUAUUAAAAAAUUCUGAAUGCCUAAUUAUAAUGUCAAAUGCCAAAUCUGGUUAAGUUUUAAGGGACCAGAAAUAAAGUCUAUUAAGAAAAAGUAUUUUACAUUAGCAGGCUUUAUGUUUGCAAUGAUAUAUUGUUGUCUACUCAGAGUUUCAUUUUGAAAAGAUAUAGGGCUACACAUUUAAUAUGAGCCCAUUUACUGAACCGUGAAGCUCCAAAGAAAAUAAUUCUCAGAACGUUUUGACAAAUUUAUAUGUCGAAAAAUUUAACUCUUGAGUAUCUUUCAUAAUUCAAGGAUAUUUUCUAGUGCCAUUUGUAUAUAUUCUACAGCAGUACAAUAAAUAUGAAUUAAAGAAUGAGCAAAUUAGUAAAAGAUAUAAAUUAUAAUAAAGUGUUUAAGAAAAUUAAUCUUUCUCUUUAUUAAGGUUGUUCACCUAAUUAGGUUGCAGAAAAAUCAAUAAUAAUGAUAUUUUAAUGAUUUAGUUGUUGUGCAAAUUAUUGAUCAAGUAGAAAUUAGUUCUCCUUAAUUUAUUUUGCUAGAAUUUAUUUCUCAUACCCAAUGAAUUUAAGAUCUUUUCCUUCAGAAUAUUGCCAUAAAUUAAACUAUAAAAAUUCAUGUAAACUUACGUUAUAGUUUUAAUAAAGGCGUUAAAUUCUCUCAAUAUUCUUGAUGAGAUUAAAUAAUUUUUAAGAAUUUACAGAUAUAAUUUUUCAAAAAUCAUUAAUAUUUCUAUAUAUUUUUUUAAAUUAAUAAAUACCUUUUUAAGGUACAAUUUCCAACAUUAUAUAGGUUUUUUUUAAAGUUUGGACACUUGGUCAAGCACGUAACUAAUGUUAAAUAUAAUACAGAUCAAGUUUAAUAAUAUUUGCUUCUGAAAUUAAAAUCAUUAACAGAAAAUACUGGAAAUGUAGAUGAAUAUUGUAAAUCUAAGCUAUAUAGAUAUAUACGUUAACUGCUUCAAUAUCUACUUUUAAAAUUGAUGUUAUUUGCAUAUAACCGUAUCGAAUGGAAUCGAAUUAUAGUGUUAAAAUACACUGUGUUGUUUGUUUAAUGACACACGGAGCUUUUCAAUACUAUUUAUAAUAUACGUUGAAAGUCUCUUUUGAAAUGCAGUAGAUGUUUAUUGAAUCGCGAAGUAUAUGAAGUGCUUUGGUCGAUUAGAGAAUCAAUAUAGCCGCAUUCAAUGAGUGAUUUCAUAAUAUAAAUGUAUACAUAGAGGGACCACAUGCUCUUGAUACUAUUAUGAGGUUUCUCUUGAUAUUCAAAUAUUGUGGAAAUUUGAUGGUAUUCAUAUAGAUGGAUCUCAUAGUUGCCUUGAAUAAGCUUUCUUAUAUGGGCUAAUUAAUAUUAAAUAAUUUGAAUUUAUUUGUAAAUAGAUAAAAACAAAAUAUAGUCGUUUAGACUGUUUCUCUAACUUAGUAUAUUCAUAGAAAUUUAUUCGUAUAUUUCUUCCAAUUAUAUUUAUGAAAUUCUUUUUAAUGCACUUUAGAAAUUUUUAAUUUUAUGAAAUUCAACCAGAUUUUACAGCAAUUUAUACAAUAGAAACAACCGAUACUUUCGGUAUCUGUUAUUGUUUAACAAAUGGCUUAUAUAGCAAGGUGUUUCUUAACACUAUGCCCAAUGAAUUUAGUAGAUCUUAAAUAGAAACUUUUACUAAAGAAUAUGCCUCUAUAAAGUGGUUUAUCACUUCGUGAAUGAUCCAUCCUUGUCGAAACACUGAAAGAUGCUUUUAUGGCUACCAAUUUAAGCACCUUUUUAAAUGGUUACUAUCACGUCUUAUUGUCAAAAUAUAUUCGUUUUCUUCCAAAUUAAAUUUCUAUAAUGCAUUUAUAAGUGAUACGUGGCGUCAACGUUAGAGAUCAAAUAAAUAUCUAUGGAGUUUCUAAUAAAUAUUUUUUAAAUGAUUUCUUAUUUCUUUCGAUGUUAAGAAGCUUUAUAGAAUUACUUAAAUAUGUAAAAGUAUGUUUUAUAAUUAAAUUUUGUUUAAUUAUAAUAUUAACGUUACGCUAUUAAGUACGUUGUAAGAAUUUAAAUUCACAUUCCAUCUUAUAAUUAAAAGGUAUUAACUUAUGCAUGAGCACAUAAAUUACUUUCAUGAAAAAUAAUUUGUGGCUUUAUCAUAUAGAUCUAUUCAGCGUAAAAAUUCUUAUCUAUUUGUUUUCUUGUCAAACAAUAUAAGUGAACAACGAAGAAGUAGUUUGUGAAAUUUAUUGUGAAGUAGAUAUUAUAUGAGUCUUUCGUAAAAACAUAUAAAAAUCAAUAGUACUAGUAAUAUAUUAUAUGUAUUUCAUCAUUUGUA